AGGCUUGCUGAGCCGCCCGCCCGGUGUCCUCCCCGCUGCCCCCCGCUGCCCGGCCAUUCGGUGCCGAGCUUCAGCCCGAGACGCAUCGACCCGUCCGAUCGUCCACCCGUCGCUGAGCAGGCGGCGCCGCCGCAAUCCCUGCCUCGCCUUCCGUCCGUCGGGAGAGGAUCCUGUGCCUUUAACCGGGCCCAACCCACCCAGAGCCGGGGUCCCACCCACCCAAGCCCAGCCGUUAUAAUGAGCAGUUCUCAAGCGCGACUCCAUCAGGCCGCAGGAGCCGGAGGAGUUGGUGGCGGCGGUGGAGGCAACAACCAGGGGGAGGUCGCUGCCGAGAUGCCGGCCACCGAGAAAGACCUGGCGGAGGACGCGCCCUGGAAGAAGAUCCAACAGAACACCUUUACUCGCUGGUGCAACGAGCACCUGAAAUGUGUCAACAAGCGCAUCGCCAACCUGCAGACGGACUUGGGCGACGGGCUGCGCCUCAUCGCGCUGCUCGAGGUGCUCAGCCAGAAAAAGAUGGGACGCAAGUACAACGCGCGCCCCACGUUCCGGCAGAUGCAGCUGGAGAAUGUGUCGGUGGCGCUGGAGUUCCUGGACAGGGAGAACAUCAAGCUGGUCUCCAUUGACAGCAAAGCAAUUGUGGAUGGGAACUUGAAGCUGAUCCUGGGCCUCAUCUGGACCCUGAUCCUGCACUAUUCCAUCUCCAUGCCCAUGUGGGAUGAGGAAGAUGACGAAGAGGCCAAGAAACAGACCCCCAAGCAGCGGCUGCUGGGCUGGAUCCAAAACAAGCUGCCCCAGUUGCCCAUCACCAAUUUCAGCAGGGACUGGCAGAGUGGCCGGGCGCUUGGCGCUCUUGUUGACAGCUGUGCCCCAGGUCUGUGCCCUGACUGGGAUUCAUGGGAUGCUAGCAAACCUGUCAACAAUGCCCGUGAGGCUAUGCAGCAAGCCGAUGACUGGCUGGGCAUCCCACAGGUGAUCACUCCAGAAGAGAUUGUGGACCCCAAUGUGGAUGAGCACUCUGUUAUGACAUACCUCUCCCAGUUCCCCAAAGCCAAGCUAAAGCCCGGAGCCCCACUCAGGCCCAAGCUGAACCCCAAGAAGGCCAGAGCUUAUGGACCAGGUGUUGAGCCCACGGGUAACAUGGUGAAGAAAAAGGCCGAAUUCACAGUGGAAACUAUCAGUGCCGGCCAGGGAGAAGUGCUGGUCUACGUUGAGGAUCCUGCUGGCCAUCGGGAGGAGGCUAAAGUCAUUGCCAACAAUGACAAGAAUCGGACAUUCUCGGUUUGGUAUGUGCCAAAGGUGACCGGCAUCCACAAGGUGACAGUAUUGUUUGCUGGGCAGCACAUUGCCAAGAGCCCCUUUGAGGUGAAUGUGGACAAAUCACAUGGUGAUGCCAGCAAGGUCACUGCCCAGGGUCCCGGCCUGGAGCCCACCGGCAACAUUGCCAACAAGACCACCUACUUCGAGAUCUUUACUGCUGGUGCUGGAGUAGGGGAAAUAGAGGUGAUAAUCCAAGAUCCCAGUGGCAAGAAGGGGACAGUUGAGCAGCAGCUGGAAGAUAAAGGCAACAGCACAUACCGCUGUACCUACAAGCCUACUCUGGAAGGCACUUACACCAUUUACAUCACCUUUGGUGGAAUACCUAUUCCUCGCAGCCCCUAUACAGUCACCGUGGGCCAGGCAUGUAACCCCAGUGCCUGCCGGGCAGUAGGCCGGGGCCUGCAACCCAAAGGUGUCCGGGUGAAGGAAACAGCAGAUUUCAAAGUCUAUACGAACGGAGCUGGCAGUGGAGAGCUGAAAGUUACAGUCAAAGGUCCAAAAGGACUGGAGGAACGUGUCAAGCAGAAGGACCUGGGAGACGGCGUGUAUGGCUUUGAGUACUACCCCACUGUACCUGGCAACUAUACAGUCACAAUCACUUGGGGUGGGCAGCACAUCCCCCGCAGCCCGUUUGAGGUAAAGGUGGGGACGGAAUGCACGAACCAGAAGGUGCGAGCCUGGGGACCUGGCCUGGAAGGAGGCGUCGUGGGCAAGUCGGCUGACUUUGUGGUGGAGGCCAUUGGGGAUGAUGUUGGCACACUAGGCUUCUCAGUGGAGGGCCCCUCGCAGGCGAAGAUUGAGUGCGAUGACAAGGGUGACGGCUCCUGUGACGUGCGCUACUGGCCCCAGGAGCCCGGCGAGUAUGCCGUCCACGUUCUCUGCAACAAUGAAGAUAUCAAGCUUAGCCCUUUCAUGGCAGAGAUCAAAGCUGCUCCCAAGGACUUCUAUCCAGAGAAGGUGAAGGCUCAUGGCCCAGGCUUAGAGAAGACUGGGGUUGCAGUCAACAAGCCAGCAGAGUUCACUGUGGAUGCUAAGAACGGUGGGAAAGCACCCCUCAAGGUGCAAGUCCAGGACUCGGAAGGAUCUCCUGUGAAUGUUUCUGUGAAAGACAAUGGAAAUGGCACCUACAGCUGCUCCUAUCUGCCCAAGAAGCCAGUGAAGCACACUGCCAUGGUGUCCUGGGGAGGUGUCAACAUCCCGAACAGUCCCUUCAGGGUGAACAUUGGAGCUGGCAGUCACCCCAACAAGGUGAAGGUCUAUGGUCCUGGUGUGGCAAAGACUGGUUUGAAAGCUCAUGAGCCAACCUACUUUACCGUAGACUGUGCAGAAGCUGGACAGGGUGAUGUGAGUAUUGGCAUCAAGUGUGCACCAGGUGUUGUGGGCCCAGCUGAGGCAGACAUCGAUUUUGACAUCAUUCGAAAUGAUAAUGACACCUUCACAGUAAAGUACACCCCCCGUGGUGCUGGCAGCUACACAAUCAUGGUGCUGUUUGCUGACCAGGCCACCCCCACAAGUCCCAUCAGAAUCAAAGUGGAUCCCUCACACGAUGCCAGCAAGGUUAAGGCUGAGGGACCUGGCCUCAACAGGAGUGGUGUGGAAAUUGGCAAACCAACCUACUUCACAGUCAACACCAAGGCAGCUGGCAAGGCCAAGCUAGAUGUUCAGUAUACUGGCCCAGCCAAAGGAGAUGCUGUACGAGAUGCUGAAAUAAUCGAUCACCAUGACAACACCUACACUGUCAAAUACACCCCUGUGCAGCAGGGUAACAUUGGUGUGAAUGUAACAUAUGGAGGAGACCACAUUCCCAAAAGCCCAUUCAAUGUGGCUGUGGCACCCACCUUAGAUCUCGGCAAGAUAAAGAUUUCCGGACUUGGUGACAAGGUAGAAGUAGGUAAAGACCAGGAGUUCACCGUCAAAUCCAAGGGGGCUGGUGGCCAAGGCAAGGUGGCUGCCAAGAUCACAGGCCCCUCCAGCAAACCGGUGCCUUGUAAAGUGGAGCCCGGCCUCAGCCCUGACAACAGUGUGGUGAAGUUCAUCCCCCGUGAGGAGGGGCCCUACGAGGUAGAUGUGACCUAUGAUGGAGUGCCGGUUCCAGGCAGCCCCUUCCCUGUGGAGGCUGUGCCCCCCACCAACCCAUCUAAGGUGAAGGCCUAUGGGCCAGGCCUGAAGGGUGGCUCGGCUGGCUCCCCUGCCCCCUUCACCAUAGAUACCAAGGGGGCUGGGAAUGGAGGCCUUGGCCUGACUGUGGAGGGCCCUUGCGAGGCCAAGAUAGAGUGCUUGGACAACGGAGACGGCACUUGCUCAGUCUCCUACCUGCCCACAGAGCCUGGCGAAUACAACAUCAACAUCCUCUUUGCGGACACCCAUGUGCCAGGCUCUCCCUUCAAAGCCCAGGUGUCUCCGGGCUUUGACCCGUCCAAAGUGAAGUGUUCCGGCCCGGGACUGGAACACGCCACCGUGGGCCAGGCCGGGGAGUUCAGUGUGGACUGCUCCAGCGCAGGGAGUGCAGAGCUCACCAUCGAGAUCAUCUCGGAAAGCGGCACCCAGGCCGAGGUCCACGUGCGGGACAAUGGUGACGGCACUUACACCAUCACCUAUAUCCCUCUCUGCCCGGGCGUCUACACCAUCACGAUCAAGUACGGCGGGCAGCCUGUGCCCAACUUCCCCAGCAAGCUCAGUGUGGAACCUGCUGUGGACACAUCUGGGGUAAAAGUGUAUGGACCUGGAGUAGAAGGCAAAGGUGUGUUCCGUGAGGCCACUACAGAGUUCAAUGUGGAUGCACGAACCUUGACAAAAGCCGGAGGUCCUCAUAUCAAAACAAGAGUGUCCAAUCCCUCAGGAAACCUGACAGAGAGCUAUGUGCAUGAUAAUGGAGACGGUACCUACAACGUGGAGUACACGCCUUAUGAAGAUGGUGUCCACUCUGUUGAUGUGACCUAUGAUGGCAGCCCUGUUCCCAGUAGCCCCUUCCGUGUGCCAGUAACAGAAGGAUGUGACCCCACAAGGGUCAGGGUGCAUGGUCCUGGUAUCCAGAGUGGAACCACCAACAAGCCCAACAAAUUCACUGUGGAGACCAGGGGUGCUGGCACGGGUGGGUUGGGCCUAGCCGUGGAAGGUCCCUCUGAAGCGAAGAUGUCCUGCACGGACAACAAGGAUGGCAGCUGCUCUGUGGAGUACAUCCCCUAUGAACCGGGCACCUACAACCUCAACGUCACUUAUGGUGGCCACCAAGUGCCAGGGAGCCCUUUCAAAGUGCCAGUAAGCGACGUUGUAGAUUCAUCCAAGGUUAAAUGCUCUGGUCCUGGCCUGACUCCAGGUGUUGUCAGAGCCAACGUGCCCCAGUCCUUCACCGUGGACACCAGCAAGGCAGGUGUGGCACCUCUCCAGGUCAAAGUCCAGGGCCCCAAAGGGCUAGUGGAGCCUGUCGAUAUUGUGGACAACGCAGAUGGAACGCAGACAGCAAGCUACGUGCCAAGCCGGGAGGGCCCCUACAGCAUUGCUGUGCACUACGGCGAUGAGGAAGUGCCUCGCAGCCCAUUCAAAGUCAAGGUUCUGCCUACCCAUGAUGCCAGCAAGGUGAAGGCCAGUGGCCCAGGUCUGAACACAACAGGUGUGCCAGCCAGUCUGCCAGUGGAGUUUACCAUUGAUGCCAAGGAUGCUGGUGAGGGCCUGCUGGCUGUUCAGAUCACGGAUCCCGACGGCAAGCCCAAGAAAGCCACAAUCCGUGACAACCAAGACGGCACCUACACGGUGUCGUACGUUCCAGACAUGACGGGCCGCUACACCAUCCUCAUCAAGUAUGGCGGGGACGAGAUCCCCUACUCGCCCUACCGCAUCCGUGCGCUGCCCACGGGCGAUGCCAGCAAGUGCACAGUGACAGUGUCGAUUGGAGGUCAUGGGCUAGGAGCCGGCAUUGGCCCCACGAUCCAGAUCGGAGAGGAGACGGUGAUCACUGUGGAUGCCAAGGCUGCCGGGAAAGGCAAGGUGACUUGCACAGUGUGCACGCCAGAUGGCACGGAGGUGGACGUGGACGUGGUGGAGAACGAGGACGGCACCUUCGACAUCUUCUACACAGCACCCCAGCCAGGCAAAUAUGUCAUAUGUGUGCGCUUUGGAGGAGAGCAUAUCCCCAACAGCCCCUUCCAGGUCACGGCCCUGGAUGGUGAGCGCACGAUCCCCCAGCAGAUGGCCCAGCCGAUGCGUGCCCCAGCCUACGCAUAUCCACCUGGUGCACAGCAACCCUGGGGACCGGCAGUAACAGCAACAGAUCGUCCUGUGAAUGGCUUGGAUGCUGGACUGCGGCCCUUCGACUUGGUCAUCCCUUUCACUAUCAAGAAAGGCGAGAUCACAGGUGAGGUACGGAUGCCCUCUGGCAAGGUAGCAAAGCCAGACAUCACAGACAAUAAGGAUGGCACGGUGACGGUACGCUAUGCUCCCACAGAGGCUGGCUUGCACGAGAUGGACAUCCGUUAUGACAACAUGCACAUCCCAGGCAGCCCCUUGCAGUUCUAUGUGGACUAUGUCAACAGUGGCCACGUGACUGCUUAUGGGCCAGGACUCAUCCAUGGCAUGGUCAACAAGCCAGCUGUCUUCACAGUCAAUACAAAAGAUGCAGGAGAAGGUGGCCUGUCCCUGGCCAUCGAAGGCCCCUCAAAGGCUGAGAUCGGCUGCACGGAUAAUCAGGAUGGCACCUGUACAGUAUCGUACCUUCCAGUUCUACCCGGUGACUAUAACAUUCUGGUGAAGUACAAUGAUAAACACAUCCCAGGGAGUCCUUUCACUGCCAAGAUUACUGGAGAUGACACGAUGCGCAUGUCCCACCUCAAAGUGGGCUCUUCUGCGGACAUCCCCUUGAACAUCACGGAGACGGACCUGAGCCAGCUGACGGCCACAGUGGUCCCGCCUUCUGGCCGUGAGGAGCCUUGUCUGCUCAAGCACCUGCGCAAUGGACAUGUUGGAAUUUCCUUUGUCCCCAAAGAGAUUGGGGAGCACAUCGUCAACAUCAAGAAAAACGGGCUGCACAUCCCCAACAGCCCCAUCACGGUGAUGAUCAGCCAGUCGGAAAUAGGAGAUGCCAGCCGCGUCAGGGUCUCUGGCCCUGGGCUCAGUGAGGGCCGGACCUUUGAACCUUCAGAGUUUAUCAUCGACACAAGAGAUGCUGGUUAUGGUGGGCUGAGCUUGUCCAUUGAAGGGCCCAGUAAAGUGGAUAUCAACACCGAGGACCUGGAGGAUGGUACCUGCAAAGUCACCUACUGUCCAACAGAGCCUGGCAACUACAUCAUCAACAUCAAGUUUGCAGACCAGCAUGUGCCAGGGAGCCCGUUUUCGGUGAAGGUGACAGGGGAGGGGCGGAUGAAGCAGAUGAUCACCCGGCGCCGCAAAGCUCCCUCCGUUGCCAAUAUUGGCAGCCAGUGUGACCUCAGUCUGAAAAUCCCAGAAAUCAACAUCAGAGACAUGACUGCUCAGGUGACCAGCCCGUCAGGCAAGUCCCACGAUGCAGAGAUCUUGGAGGCAGAGAACAACACUUACUGUAUCCGCUUUGUGCCCACUGAGACGGGCAUCCACUCGGUCAGUGUCAAAUACAAAGGACAGCAUGUGCCUGGAAGCCCCUUCCAGUUUACGGUGGGCCCUCUUGGUGAGGGUGGCGCGCACAAGGUCCGGGCAGGUGGUCCAGGCUUGGAGAGAGCUGAAGCUGGUGUGCCAGCCGAGUUCAGCAUCUGGACACGGGAAGCCGGUGCUGGUGGUCUCUCUAUUGCUGUGGAAGGCCCAAGUAAGGCAGAGAUUGCUUUUGAGGAUCGGAAGGAUGGCUCGUGCGGAGUUUCCUACAUUGUGCAAGAACCUGGUGAUUACGAAGUUUCUGUGAAAUUCAACGAUGAGCACAUUCCAGACAGCCCCUUCAUAGUACCAGCCACCUCCACCUCGGACGACGCCCGCCGGCUUACUGUUUCUAGUCUUCAGGAGUCAGGGUUAAAAGUGAACCAGCCAGCCUCGUUUGCCGUCAGCUUGAACGGGGCCAAGGGUGUGAUUGAUGCCAAGGUGCACAGCCCCUCUGGGGCCUUGGAAGAGUGCCAUGUCACAGAAAUUGAUGAAGAUAAAUAUGCCGUGCGCUUCAUCCCCCGUGAGAAUGGUAUCUACUCGGUUGAUGUCAAGUUCAAUGGCAGUCACAUUCCUGGCAGCCCCUUCAAGAUACGCGUUGGGGAGCUGGGCCAAGCUGGAGACCCAGGGAUGGUGUCUGCCUAUGGCCAUGGCUUGGAAGGUGGCGUGACAGGAAGCCCUGCUGAAUUCAUAGUCAAUACCACAAAUGCUGGGCCAGGGGCACUGGCGGUCACCAUUGAUGGGCCCUCAAAGGUGAAGAUGGACUGCCAAGAGUGCCCAGAAGGCUACAAAGUCAUCUACACACCCAUGGCACCAGGCAGCUACCUCAUCUCCAUUAAGUAUGGUGGCCCAUACCACAUUGCUGGCAGCCCCUUCAAGGCCAAAAUCACAGGUGCUCGCCUUGUCAGCAGCCACAGCCUCCACGAGACGUCCUCGGUCUUCAUGGAUGGAGUUGCCAAACCUGAUGGCGCAGCACCCAAGUUUGCCUCGGAUGCCAGCAAAGUGGUCGCCAAAGGGCUGGGCCUCAACAAAGGCUUUGUGGGGCAAAAGAACUCCUUCACCGUGGACUGCAGCAAAGCAGGGAACAACAUGCUGCUGGUGGGUGUGCACGGCCCCAAGACCCCGUGCGAGGAGAUCGUGGUGAAGCACCUGGGCAACCGGCUGUACAACGUCACCUACCUGCUGAAGGAGAGAGGGGACUACGUGCUGGUGGUGAAGUGGGGAGACGAGCACAUCCCCGGCAGCCCCUUCCACAUCUCCAUGCCUUAAGCCUCCCCUGCCUGGUUGUGUCACUGCCCCUCCUGAGCGCCCCCCCCCGUGUUGUCGUGCCACUAACCGCCACCCCCCACCUGGGCAGCUGCCUCUGGCUUGGCAGGAGCUGCUGGGCUUAUGCCAAUGAUGCUGGUCUCGGGGUGGGAGGGGGGGCAGGUGGCUUUGGGGGUGAACGAGGGGGGAAUUUCCUGUGGAUCUGUUUACAUGCAGCACUAACUCUUCCCAACCAGUUUUGUCAGUGAUUUCCUCUUCCCCCUUGUGGGGCAAAGGCUUGAUUGACACGUUUCUUGCCAAAGCACUGGCUUUGUGCCCAUGGACUGAAUUUGUGCCCCUCGUGGGUUUGCCAGGAAGGUGCCUUCCCCAUCAACUCGGGUGCCUGGAUACGGUGUACAUGUAUCGGCGCCAUCCACUGCUUUAGAGAAACCACUGCUCCCAAUGGAACUGCAGGUGGCCUGUCUCGUCUCUCGUCUCCUCCUCCGGCUUGAGAUGGAAGCUCCCUCGAGACAGAGAACCAGUGGCAGGAGCUGUCGUUGCGUGUCUCCUUGCUUUGCCAGAUUAUAACCAAAACCUUGUUUAGUCCUUCAGAGUCUUAAGUCGUUGUGCUCAACUGCCAGUCCCUCUCUGAGAGGGGAAGGGAAUAAAAGUUCUGCUUCAAAUGGC